UUUUCAGAUAUUUUUUUUAUGUUAAAAUUCAACAUGAAUCUGGAAGUCAUACAUACAUUUAAUUCUUCCUCACCAUGUAUGUAGAAUCAUGCGCUUUAAUGAUUUCUGACGUCACCUCUUUUUCCGAUUUUUUUUUUUCUUGAAAAUUGUAAUUGAGCUUGUUUUGUUGUUUUAGUACCAACCUUGUUUCGUUUCUUCUUAUCUCUCUGUUUUGUGUUUUCACACCUCACCAAUUAUUUAUCUUGCACUGCUUCUUCUUUCUUUAAAUACCUCCCAACAUUUCUUGUUACAAUCGCCUCUCUCUCACACACACACACACACACACACACACACACACACACACACACACACUGAGAGAGAGAGAGAGAGAGAGAGAGAGAGACAAUGGCCAUGCAAAAAUCGAUGCUGAUGAGUGUAUUAUCAGUGUGCAUGUUUCUGCAGUUGUAUCCUCUUCAAGCAGCUCCUCAACUUUCUCUUGUCAACAAUCUUCCUGGAUUCAAUGGCACUUUCCCUUCAAAACACUACUCUGGGUAUGUGACAUUGAAAGGGAAUCCUGCAAAGAAUCUCUUUUACUACUUUGUAGUGUCGGAAAGAAAUCCGACAACCGAUCCUGUUGUUCUAUGGCUGAAUGGAGGACCUGGUUGCUCUAGCUUUGAUGGCUUUGUCUAUGAGCAUGGACCUUUUAAUUUUGAAGCAGCAAAGCAACAAGGGGGCUUGCCUGUUUUGCAUCUUAAUCCAUAUAGUUGGUCUAAGGUUGCAAAUAUGAUCUAUUUGGACUCUCCCGUUGGUGUUGGAUUGUCCUAUUCUCCAAACACAUCCUACUACGUAAACUCAGACUUAAAAACUGCAUCUGAAACUCAUCAUUUCCUUCUUAAGUGGUUUGAGCAAUUUCCGGAGUUUAGUGCCAAUCCAUUUUAUAUCUCGGGCGAGUCAUACGCUGGCAUUUACAUCCCUACUCUUGCUUCUAAUGUUGUCAAAGGAAUCAAAACCGGUGUUAAACCGAUUAUUAACUUUAAGGGGUACAUAGUGGGAAAUGGUGUGUGUGACCUUGAGUUUGAUGGCAAUGCACUUAUUCCAUUUGCACAUGGGAUGGGCCUAAUUUCUGACAAUAUGUUUAAGGAAGCUGAAGUUCUCUGCAAAGGAAUUUACCACAACUCGGUGAGCAUUGAUUGCCGGAAGACACUAUAUAAGAUUGAUUCGAUAUUAGAAGAACUGAAUAGAUACGACAUCCUCGAACCCUGCUUCCAUAGCGGUGAAAUAGAAGACGAAAAAAACAAGAGCCUAAUACCACAGAGCUUUAAGCAACUGGGGAAAACCGAGAGGCCGCUUGGUGUGAGAAAGAGAAUGUUUGGGCGUGCUUGGCCUUUCUACGCACCAGUCGAAGACGGGAUCAUUCCAUCGUGGCCACAGUUGAUGAGAAAGGUCCCAGUCCCCUGUUUGGAUGAUGUACAGGCGACUAUAUGGCUGAAUAAUGAUGCAGUUAGAGAAGCGAUUCAUGUUAAUCCGGAGAGUGGAGAGUGGAGUAUGUGUGUCGAUAUAAAAUACACGCAUGAUGCGGGGAGCAUGAUCAGUUAUCAUAAGAACCUGACAUCUAGUGGCUACAGGGCUUUAAUAUAUAGUGGGGAUCAUGAUAUGUGUGUUCCAUUCACUGGAACUCAAGCAUGGACAGAAUCACUCGGAUAUAAAACCGUUGAUGAGUGGAGAUUUUGGAAAUCCAACGGCCAAGUCGCUGGAUUCUUACAGGAGUACGCUAAUAAUCUCACUUUCCUCACUAUCAAGGGAGCUGGACAUACUGUGCCUGAAUACAAGCCUAGAGAAUCGCUCGAUUUUUUUAGUCGUUGGUUACAAGGGCAGCCGAUUUAAGUUCAUUAACAAAGAUGAUAUAGUAUACUUCGUUCUGAGAAAAAAAAAGACAUUAAACAGAUGCAUGAAUGAAAUUAUGUAGUGUCAAAGGUUGUCUUUUUGUAUCUUUUGAUGAAAUAAUUGAGAAAUGGCAAAAGUUAUAUGAUAUUUAUUAAA